ACUUUUCGCCCUCCUCCCAGUCGAAGCACCUCCUUUCCGCCCCUCAGCGCACGGGUGGCGGUCACGUGCCCAGAACGUCCGGCGUUCGCCCCGCCCUCCCAGUUUCCGCGCGCCUCUUUGGCAGCUGGUCACAUGGUGAGGGUGGGGGUGAGGGGGCCUCUCUAGCUUGCGGCCUGUGUCUAUGGUCGGGCCCUCUGCGUCCAGCUGCUCCGGACCGAGCUCGGGUGUAUGGGGCCGUAGCAACUGGCUCCGGGGCCCCGAUAACGGGCCGCCCCCACAGCACCCCGGGCUGGCGUGAGGGUCUCCCUUGAUCUGAGAAUGGCUACCUCUCGAUAUGAGCCAGUGGCUGAAAUUGGUGUCGGUGCCUAUGGGACAGUGUACAAGGCCCGUGAUCCCCACAGUGGCCACUUUGUGGCCCUCAAGAGUGUGAGAGUCCCCAAUGGAGGAGGAGGUGGAGGAGGCCUUCCCAUCAGCACAGUUCGUGAGGUGGCUUUACUGAGGCGACUGGAGGCUUUUGAGCAUCCCAAUGUUGUCCGGCUGAUGGACGUCUGUGCCACAUCCCGAACUGACCGGGAGAUCAAGGUAACCCUGGUGUUUGAGCAUGUAGACCAGGACCUAAGGACAUAUCUGGACAAGGCACCCCCACCAGGCUUGCCAGCCGAAACCAUCAAGGAUCUGAUGCGCCAGUUUCUAAGAGGCCUAGAUUUCCUUCAUGCCAAUUGCAUCGUUCACCGAGAUCUGAAGCCAGAGAACAUUCUGGUGACAAGUGGUGGAACAGUCAAGCUGGCUGACUUUGGCCUGGCCAGAAUCUACAGCUACCAGAUGGCACUUACACCCGUGGUUGUUACACUCUGGUACCGAGCUCCCGAAGUUCUUCUGCAGUCCACAUAUGCAACACCUGUGGACAUGUGGAGUGUUGGCUGUAUCUUUGCAGAGAUGUUUCGUCGAAAGCCUCUCUUCUGUGGAAACUCUGAAGCCGACCAGUUAGGCAAAAUCUUUGACCUGAUUGGGCUGCCUCCAGAGGAUGACUGGCCUCGAGAUGUAUCCCUGCCCCGUGGAGCCUUUCCCCCCAGAGGGCCCCGCCCAGUGCAGUCGGUGGUACCUGAGAUGGAGGAGUCGGGAGCACAGCUGCUGCUGGAAAUGCUGACUUUUAACCCACACAAGCGAAUCUCUGCCUUUCGAGCUCUGCAGCACUCUUAUCUACAUAAGGAUGAAGGUAAUCCGGAGUGAGCAAUGGAGUGGCUGCCAUGGAAGGAAGAAAAGCUGCCAUUUCCCUUCUGGACACUGAGAGGGCAAUCUUUGCCUUUAUCUCUGAGGCUAUGGAGGCUCCUCCUCCAUCUUUCUACAGAGAUUACUUUGCUGCCUUAAUGACAUUCCCCUCCCACCUCUCCUUUUGAGGCUUCUCCUUCUCCUUCCCAUUUCUCUACACUAAGGGGUAUGUUCCCUCUUGUCCCUUUCCCUACCUUUAUAUUUGGGGUCCUUUUUUAUACAGGAAAAACAAAACAAAGAAAUAA